AAAAAAACAUAGUUGGAUUGACAAAAUAAAUGUUACUCCGUAGGAUUGACAAGGUAAUUCCGUAACUUCUGUUAUUAUCCAACUCCAACCGCUGCGUUUUAAUAAAACUUCAAGUUUUUACAACACAAAAAUAAAAAAAAUGUAAAAAAAUUUCUGGAAAAUUGGAGCUGACGAGAGAGACCUCCCGAGUCAAAAAGUUGUGCGCAACUCGGUCUCCGACUCUCAACGCGUCUGAGUCACACCGCCGGCUUUCGUUGUCUACAAUUCUAAACCUCUCAAAAUUCUUUCAAUUUUUUAAUUGAGUUUGUUAUUUAGGAUUUAGUAUACUCAAGAAAAAAUUUGAUCAAUUUGAUUUUGAUCAAAUUUUGAGUUCAUUUUGUUCUAUUCUACUCACAAUUUCUGACACGAUUAAUCGGAAGCUCUUCAUACAACAUACAGAUUAAUAUUUUACCGAAGUUCGUUUUGUGAAAUUAUACGAUCAUGAGUUUUGUGUUUCGAGGGUCUCGAGCUGACAUCGAGAAUGCUUUUCCAGGAAUGAUUCCUGAACGGCGUGUGCGCAUUCAUGCAGCACGGCCAGUGAAUACCAAUUCACUUGCUUUUCUUGUAACUGUACUUUUGAUCUUCAUGAUUCUAAAUUCACAUCAAAUGUCACCGAAUUUUUUGCUCUGGCUGGUAUUUGGCUUCUUUUUGAUGGCUACUAGCCUAAGAAUGUAUGCCACAUGUCAACAACUUCAAGCACAGGCACAAGCACAUGCUGUAGCAGCCAGUGGCCUACUUCGCCAUACUGAGCUCCGUGUGCAGAUGCCACCAUCUAUUGCAUUUGCCACUAGAGGACGUCUGCAUGGCCUUAGGUUGCAGCUUGCACUUCUUGAUCGGGAGUUUGACGAUCUAGAUUAUGAAACUUUAAGAGCUCUGGAUGCUGACAAUGCACCUGCCGUUCCUUCAAUGAGCGAGGAUGAAAUAAAUGCUCUUCCUGUUCACAAAUAUAAAGUUACCGAUGUGGAAGGUGAUAUGGUAUCAAAGAAGCAGGCAUCAUCUUCAGCGUCUUCUGAGCAGCAGGACAUUUCUAUCAAUGUUGGCAGCUCAAAGGGAAGCUCAGAAGAUGAACUAACUUGUACUGUAUGUUUGGAGCAAGUAAAUGUUGGAGAACUCAUUCGUAGCUUGCCAUGUUUGCACCAGUACCAUGCUAGUUGCAUUGACCCAUGGCUUAAACAGCAGGGAACGUGCCCUGUAUGUAAGUAUAAGGUUGGGACUGGCUGGCAAGAAGACAGCCACGAUGAUGCUUCAUAUAUGGUUUAAAAAGUAGCUCUGUAAUCAUUGCAUUCAGCCUGUUUACGAUUAUAUGUAGCUUUAGUCCUAAGCUGGAUGCCUCUACAUUCAUGUGAAAAAUUAGCUGAUCCCGGAACAUACCAGUAGUAGGAGUAUUUGCUGAUGCCUUGUUAGAAAAUUUAUACACGGCAUGCUCGAUAUGAGAUAAUAGAAUAGACAGAAAGGCAAUGAUGUUUCAUGUGAACAUGACUACAAUAUGGCCUAUAUGUAGCCGUGUUAGGUACUGAAAAAUACCACUGAGUAUGUUCUUCUUUGGGCUAUAGGAUGAAGAUUACAUGUAACAAUGUAACAUUGCCACUCUCUAUAUUUUAUUGUGUACCAAACAAGUCGUCAAGUUUAGCCUCUUGCUUUGCUUUGUAAAUUUAUUAGCAUUAUUAGAGAACCUGCAUUACAUUUUUUUAUUUUAUUGUGAAUUUACUCUGAUUUCCUCC